AUGGAUGACCUGGAGUCGCUGGAGCUGCUCUCGCUCGUGUCGCGAGUGACGAACGAGCUCCAGAACUACCUAGGUAUAAACGACAAGACGCUGGCGGAAUUUGUGAUCGACCAGCACCUCAAAUGCGGCGGAGUGUUUCCAGAAUUCAAGAAAGGCCUCGAUGAAAUGGGCGCCGAAUUUCCGCAGAGCUUGAUGGAGAGUGUCGACCGUCUAGUGCUCACGAUGCACCCGAAAUACAAAGGAAAGAAGGCGGAAAACGGGGAUUCGGGCGCCAGUGGGGCUGACACUAUGGAUGAGUUGAAUGCUCUGGAGAGGAAGUCUCGCGUGUUCAAGGGACUUGCUGUUCCAGAUAGAGACCGGCGCUGGGAGGAAGAUGAGUACCUGGAGCGCCAGGCCGCAGACGAAACCAACGCGCAGACGGGCGCCAUGGACGACACAUUUGCAAUGCUUGAAGGAUUGGCUGGAAACCCGAAGGAAGACAAGCCCCGCGCCUCACGAGACGAUCGCAACAGCAGGAAACGAAGUCGCAGCCCAGAGUACGAUGGCCCCGAUCGCGGGCGCCGUCACAGAGACAAGUACCGGUCCAGAUCGCGCAGCGCACACCGACGCAGCAAGAACGACGACUUUAUCGAUGAAUUUGGAAGGUCUAUUGGCAAGUACGGCGGCGGUGACGAUGAUCGCAAUGGCCACAGCGACCGCCGGAGACGUCGAGACCGCGAGAGAGACGAAAACGACGAGUACUUACGCCGGCCUCCACCUGUCGAGUUGGAUGAUGCACCAGUUCUCUACAAGGUUUACGAUGGGCAGGUGACGGGUGUGAAGGAUUUUGGAGCCUUCGUCAAUCUGCAGGGAGUCCAAGGGAAGGUGGAUGGUCUUGUCCAUGUUUCCGCAAUGCAAGAAGGGGCGCGAGUAAACCAUCCAUCCGAUCUGGUAUCGCGCGGACAGCCAGUCAAGGUCAAGGUCGUCAGCAUCCAGGGCAACCGCAUUGGAUUGUCAAUGAAGGAGGUCGAUCAGGCUACCGGAAUGGAUCUGAUUCCGCAAAAGCGCCUGGCUUCAGGAGCUAAUAUGGAACGUCUUGAUGGAACAUCAGGCAAGGACAGAUAUGGCAAUCUCAGCUCCGAUGUACCUGUCAUUGAAGAAUCAAACGGCCGGCCGAUGAGGAACCGGAAACGCAUGACGUCGCCUGAGCGUUGGGAGAUCAGACAGCUCAUUGCGUCUGGUGUUGCGUCCGCCGCAGACUACCCGGAUAUCGAAGAGGAGUACCACGCCACUCUCACUGGCGAAGGGACGUUUGAAGAAGAGGAAGAUGUCGAUAUCGAAGUCAAAGACGAAGAGCCCCCCUUCCUGGCUGGCCAGACGAAGCAAUCGCUCGAGCUGUCUCCCAUCCGUGUUGUCAAGGCUCCUGAUGGCUCGAUGAACCGUGCUGCCAUGUCUGGCACCAAUCUUGCCAAAGAGCGACGCGAAUUGAAACAAUCGGAGGCACAGGACAAGGCCGCUGAAAGGGCUGCUGAUGUCGACCUCAAUGCGCAGUGGCAGGAUCCUAUGGUUGCGCCAGAGGAUCGAAAAUUCGCUGCGGAUCUGAGGAAUACCCAACAGAAGCCGGACGAGGCGGUUCCGGAGUGGAAGAGAGUGACGAUGGGCAAGAAUCCAUCCCUGGGCAGGCGGACCGACAUGCCCAUGAAGCAACAGCGUGAGAGUUUGCCCGUGUUCAAGUUCCGCAAGCAAUUGCUUGACGCCGUGAAGGACAACCAGCUGAUGAUUGUGGUUGGUGACACUGGCUCUGGAAAAACCACGCAAUUAACCCAGUACCUGGCGGAGGCCGGGUAUGCGAAUAACGGGAUGAUCGGUUGCACGCAGCCUCGUCGUGUCGCUGCAAUGUCCGUGGCAAAGCGUGUAUCGGAAGAAGUUGGGUGUCGACUGGGAGCGGAGGUCGGAUACACGAUCCGUUUUGAAGACUGCACAAGUCCCGACACCAAGAUCAAGUAUAUGACCGACGGAAUGCUCCAGAGAGAAAUUCUGCUGGAUCCAGAUCUCAAGAGGUAUUCCGUGAUCAUGCUUGACGAAGCUCACGAGCGCACCAUUUCCACCGAUAUCCUGUUUGGAUUGCUGAAGAAGACCAUCAAGCGACGACCUGAUCUUCGUUUGAUUGUCACUUCCGCGACGCUGGAUGCCGAGAAGUUCUCCGUGUACUUCAAUGGCUGCCCUAUCUUCUCAAUUCCCGGACGAACCUACCCGGUCGAAGUCAUGUAUUCGAAGGAGCCGGAAUCCGACUACCUGGAUGCGGCUCUUAUCACGGUUAUGCAGAUUCAUCUGACCGAGGCAGGUGGUGACAUCCUGGUCUUCCUUACGGGUCAAGAAGAAAUCGACACAGCAUGUGAGAUUCUAUACGAGCGGAUGAAAGCUCUGGGGCCAUCGGUACCCGAGUUGGUCAUCCUUCCCGUCUACUCGGCACUUCCCAGUGAGAUGCAGAGUCGCAUCUUCGAACCCGCACCGCCGGGCGGCCGUAAAGUCAUUAUUGCAACCAACAUCGCCGAGACCUCCAUCACCAUCGAUAAUAUUUACUACGUCAUUGAUCCUGGCUUCGUGAAGCAGAAUGCAUAUGAUCCAAAGCUUGGCAUGGAUUCCCUGGUCGUCACGCCCAUCUCUCAAGCACAAGCCAAGCAACGAGCUGGUCGUGCUGGACGAACGGGACCGGGCAAAUGUUUCCGCCUAUACACCGAGGCCGCCUAUCAGUCUGAAAUGCUUCCUACGACCAUUCCCGAGAUUCAGCGGCAAAAUCUGUCACACACCAUUCUCAUGCUCAAGGCAAUGGGCAUUAACGAUCUCCUCCAUUUCGACUUCAUGGACCCGCCACCUACCAACACUAUGUUGACUGCCCUCGAGGAGUUAUACGCCUUGUCCGCUCUGGACGAUGAAGGUCUCCUGACGCGCCUGGGUCGCAAGAUGGCCGAUUUCCCCAUGGAGCCGGCUCUUGCCAAGGUGCUCAUCGCAUCCGUUGAUAUGGGGUGUUCCGAUGAGAUCCUUAGCAUCGUUGCUAUGCUUUCCAUCCAAUCCGUCUUCUACCGCCCCAAGGAGAAGCAGCAGCAAGCAGACCAAAAGAAAGCCAAGUUCCACGAUCCUCAUGGUGAUCAUCUGACCUUACUGAAUGUCUACAACGGCUGGAAGAAUUCGAAGUUCAACAACGCCUGGUGCUUCGAAAACUUCAUCCAGGCCCGGCAGAUUCGCCGGGCGCAAGAUGUACGCCAGCAGCUCCUCGGCAUUAUGAACCGCUACCGCCACAGGAUCGUCUCCUGCGGGCGGAACACUACCCUGGUACGACAGGCCCUCUGCACUGGUUUCUUCCGUAAUGCUGCUCGCAAGGACCCUCAAGAGGGAUACAAAACGCUGGUGGAAGGUACACCGGUGUACAUGCACCCGAGCUCCGCGCUUUUCGGCAAGCCCUCCGAGCAUGUCAUCUAUCACACGCUGGUCCUUACCACCAAGGAGUACAUGCAUUGCACGACAUCAAUCGAGCCGAAAUGGCUUGUGGAGGCGGCGCCAACCUUCUUCAAGGUUGCACCAACGGACCGCUUGUCCAAGCGCAAGAAGGCCGAGCGCAUCCAGCCUCUGCAUAAUCGGUUUGCUGGCGAGGACGAUUGGCGCCUUUCUGCCCAGCGGCGGCAAGGCAGAGGUGGUGGCGGUGGAACGUGGGGAUGA